CCAAAGAACUUCAUAUCUGUCUCUUUUCAGGGCGAAAACGAAGAUACGAAAGCCGAAGAAGAGGGCUUACCUUCGUGGAGCAUAUUAAUCUCAAUUUAUCGAAGAAGGAUAUCAGAUGGAUCGGUACCGGAGAAUCGAGAAGCCUAAGGCUGAGAAACCAAUUGAGGAAAAUGAAAUCAGAAUUACUAGCCAGGGAAGGAUGAGAAACUACAUCACAUAUGCUAUGAGUCUGCUUCAGGACAAGGGGUCAAAUGAAAUUGUUUUCAAGGCAAUGGGUCGAGCUAUUAAUAAAACUGUUACAAUUGUGGAGUUGAUCAAGAGGAGGAUUGUUGGUAUUCACCAAGUUACAUCCAUUUGUUCAACUGAUAUAACUGAUGUUUGGGAGCCAAUUGAAGAAGGGCUUAACCCUGUGGAAACAACAAGGCAUGUUUCAAUGAUUACCAUAACCUUGUCAAAGAUGGAAUUGGAUGUAUCCUCUGUUGGGUACCAGCCUCCAAUACCAGCUGAAGAGGUGAGGACAGCACCUGAGUUUGACUAUGAAGGAGGAGAAGAAUCACCUAGUGGUGGUCGUGGAAGGGGCCGUGGUCGGCGUGGAAGAGGAGGAAGGUCUAGAGGCGGUUAUGGUAAUGGGUUUAUUGCCCCGAAUGAGUACGAGGAAGGAGGUUGGGAUCGUAAUAGGGGAUUUGCCCGAGGUAGGGGUCGUGGAAGAGGUCGUGGUUUCCGUGGUCGUGGAAGAGGUGGUGGAGGCUAUGAUGGGGGUCAGUUUGACAACAACAACCAGUACGAUCAAGAACAAGGCCACGGAAGAGGUGGUGGUUAUGAUGAUGGUGGUUACUACGACAAUCAGCAACAAGGUGGUGGUGGUGGCGGUUACCAACAAGAACCACCUUUCCAAGGCCGCGGGCGUGGCCGUGGAAGUGGAAGGGGAAAUAACCGUGGAAGGGGUCGUGGUGGCUUCAGAUCCAAUGGUCCGAUCGAAUCAGAUGCUGUCGGAGCUUAAUUGGAAACGACGUAUCGACAAAAAAAAAUCUGCUCCAUAUAUUUUCUCUAUGUUUUUUCAUUCAAGUUUUGCUAGUUUUUUUUUUAAACUUGUAGGUAUUUUAUUUUUUUUAUUUUUAAUGUAGACUAAUGCUAGAUGUUUGUAUGUUUUUUUUUUCAAUCAUUUUGGUUACCUGUUUGAACUUUGAAUAUGCAUUGGAGAGAUCAAUGCUAAACUAAUUACUAGUGUUUAAAAUAUGAGCAGAUUUAAAUUCUUUUAUUAUA